GGGAUGUUCCUGAAGCAGCAGCAGCAACUCUUGAGUUAGGAGCAAAAGAUCUAUGUAGGUGACUCGGGGCAUGGUGCCGGCCAACUCUGUGACAGAUGAGAACUUGACACAGAUCCCUUAGCGAGAGGUGACGCUAAGGCUGCUGUUCCCAAGGUUUACAUCCUUGAAGUCGUGUCCAGAGUUCCUGGCGUUUGCAGAGUUCAUAAACCAUGCAUUUACAGAACCUGUGUCAUGGUUACCAACGUUCUGAUUCCUGUUGUGGAUGUAUGAGUGCUACAGUGUCUCCUUGCAAAGGGAUGGAUGCAACCACACAGUAGCCGGUGAUGCAGACAUCAUGGCCCAGCAGUGAGGAAGAUAAAAUAACUACAUAACUGUCUCAAUACUCCAGAGAAAUCAAAAGGAUCAGAGAUGGAACCCUGGGUUCCCCAGUGGUCAUCUCAACCCCGGAGAAGACCCGUGGCUCCAUCAAAGAAUCCAGACCGAGGGCUUCGGAGUGGACAUUAUAGGCCCCUUCCUCAUCCUCAACACAGUGGAGAGACAUUCUACCAAUGGCAAGAUGUCCACAGGAGCCCUCAUCCACAGCAGGAUCCCAGGGCUGGCCAUCAGCAGCAGGUCCAUUAUGCAUCCAGACCUGGGGAGUGGUCACUACCUGUACCUGGGGCUGACUACUAUGAAGGGGCUUAUCCCGGCCAGUACUCCAGGCCAGGCUAUGAGGUUCCCUACCAGAGAUACCACUCUCCAACGCUGAGGGAACAAUAUGCAUAUGAGAAUUAUUACUACCAUGGACCUGUGCAGCGGCUCCAAGAGGAAAGAGCACCCAGGCAAGAGAGUCCUUAUACCCGGCAAGAAGAUUAUGGAGAUCAAAAGUACCUGAAUGAACAUCAUCGUGAAAACCAGAGCAGUCUGUUUGGAGCAAAUAGUGAGACCCAGUUUCAAUCCAUCAGCCGGAACCCUUAUCAAGACAGCCCUGCUUCCAUCUCUGGGCAGGAGCAGCCCGAGGAUUCGUUCUCAGAGAGUGGGGCCCAGCAGAAAAGGGCAUCACUGACUGGCAAGUCCAACCUUCUCCAGCAGCAUGAGUCUGGACUCAGCUCCAGCAGCUAUGAGCUCAGUCAGUAUAUGGCAGAUGUCCCCGAGCAGUAUGAUCCUAUGGCGUCAGCAGUUUGGAACCCUGUUCAGACCGGGGAUGCCUCAGGAAGUGGUCUCAAGGCCCCCAUGAAGUUCUACGUCCCUCAUGUAUCUGUGAGUUUUGGGCCAGGAGGUCAGCUGGUGUGUGUGUCCCCCAGCUCUCCUACUGAUGGGCAAACGGCCCUUGUUGAACUACACAGCAUGGAGGUUAUACUUAAUGAUUCUGAGGACCAAGAGGAGAUGAGAAAUUUUUCAGGACCCCUGAUCAGGGAAGAUAUACACAAGGUGGAUAUCAUGACAUUUUGCCAGCAGAAAGCAGCUCAGAGCCUCAAAUCAGAGACCCCAGCAAGCAGAGACUCGGCUCUACUGUGGCAAUUACUGGUUCUCCUUUGUCGCCAGAAUGGGUCCAUGGCAGGCUCUGACAUCGCUGAGCUGCUGGUGCAGGACUGCAAGAAGCUGGACAAGUAUAAGAGGCAGCCCCCGGUGGCCAACCUCAUCAACCUGACCGAUGAGGACUGGCCCGCCCUGAGCUCCGGAUCCCGCAACCUGCUCACCGGGGAGAUUCCCCCCUCUGUGGAGACACCUGUGCAGAUCGUGGAGAAAUUCACCAAACUGCUUUACUACGGAAGGAAGAAAGAGGCCUUGGAGUGGGCGAUGAAGAACCACUUGUGGGGUCAUGCCUUGUUCCUAGCCAGCAAGAUGGACCCAAGAACCUACAAUUGGGUCAUGAGUGGCUUCACCAGCACGCUGGCACUCAAUGACCCUCUGCAGAGCCUCUUCCAGCUCAUGUCCGGAAGGAUCCCACAAGCAGCUACGUGUUUUGGAGACAAGCAAUGGGGUGAUUGGAGGCCCCACUUGGCUGUGAUUCUGUCAAAUCAGUCUGGGGAUGCAGAGCUGUAUCAGCGUGCCAUUGUCACCAUGGGGGACACCUUGGCUGGGAAGGGGCUUGUGGAGGCCGCUCAUUUCUGCUAUCUCAUGGCUCACGUGCCCUUUGGCCACUAUAUGGUGAAGACUGACCAUCUGGUCUUGUUGGGCAGUAGCCACAGUCAAGAGUUUUUGAAAUUUGCAACCACUGAGGCUAUCCAGAGGACGGAAAUCUUCGAGUAUUGCCAGAUGCUGAGCCGCCCCAAGUCCUUCAUCCCUUCUUUUCAGGUGUAUAAGCUCCUUUAUGCUUCCCGUCUGGCGGAUUACGGCCUGGCAUCCCAGGCCUUGCAUUACUGUGAAGCUAUUGGCGCCGCUGUCCUGAGCCAGGGCGAGAGCAGUCACCCCGUGCUAUUAGUGGAGCUCAUCAAGCUCGCAGAGAAACUGAAGCUGUCAGAUCCUCUGGUUUUAGAAAGACGCCGUGGGGACAGGGAGCUGGAGCCAGAUUGGCUAGUGCAGCUGCGGCGGCUGCACAAAGAGCUGGAGCAAAAGGCAGCAGGAGACCUUGGGGAUCCCUAUUCUGCUUGCUCAGAUAUUUCCAGAGCCAGAAGAACAACAGAUUCUUUCUACCAAGAUCUUUCAGGACAUCAAAGCUACUCAGCAGAUUCUUGGUACCACUCAGUCCCGUGGUCAACACUGGAGCAGACAGGCUUGAACCAGCCCAGCCCACAUCAGCCCUUUCCCCGGCAGCAGGACCCCUGUCCAGCCGGAGUAGAUGCAGGACACAUGGGGGCUCCAGUGCCUCUUUACUCGGUUCCUGCUACUCAACCCUCAGGGACCUCUGACAGCAGCAGCAGUGCGGCAGUUACAGGGGCUCCUGGAGGAGAGGUCCCGGAGGAACCGCUGCAGACACAUCCCGCCCUUGGAGAGAACACAGCAUUCCAAGAAACCUUCCCGGAUCUUGAAGGUCUAGAAGUCAUUUCCAAACUGCAGGUACCACUGGAUCCCAGGACACAAGGGUUUUCUGAGAGCUCAGCUGCUUCAGCCAGGGAGGACGAGGCAGAGUCUUCUGAAGAAGCGGACAGAACCUCUUCCCAAGAUGCUGUGCAGACAGGAAAACCAACGGAUGUGAAAGAGACCACAAAGAGCUCAGGAUUUGGCUGGUUCAGCUGGUUUCGGUCUAAGCCCAUGGGUAGCGUGUCCCACUCUGGAGAGGAAGACUCCUCAGACAGUUCUGAAUCAGAGGGAUCUCCCAGAUCAUCAUCUCCUCACCAUGCUGGCCUGGGUCUCUCACCAACACCUCCUCGCGAGUCCCCCCCUCUGCCUGGUGCCAGCACCAUCUCUAGGGGCACAGUUGGAGGUGACCUCCAAGGAUCCCCAGCCAGUGGUGGACUAGCCAAGGGCACUGGGAUGGGAGAACUCUCAGAGUCUGGGGGUAUUUCUUCUGAGCUCUACUCGAAGCCUGGCGUGCUGCUUCCCCCACCCACCUUGCCAGGGGCUGUUCCUCUCUACAACCCAUCUCAGGUCCCUCAGCUUUCCCCAGCUACCAGCCUGAAUCGGCCAAACCGCCUAGCUCAGCGCCGCUAUCCAAGCCAGCCAUGACGAGAAUGGCCACCCUCCCCAGGCUUGUCUCCCAGGAGCAAAACCUGUGCUCUCUGUUGCUCUGUUCACCUCACCACUGCCCUACUAAGACCCUCCAGGGGUAUGCUAGUCAGUUGUCUCCAUGGGGUAAUUAGAAGGCCAGGGGCAGGAUCUCCUAAGACAUAGCUCAGGUUAACUUCAGAAUGAUGGAAUUAGGUAGAAAGUUGGGGUCCAAUAGUAGCUUGGAAGUAAGUGGAGUGUCACAGGGGCAGCACUGGAGACAGAAGCUGGAAAAGAAAGUGAGCACCCCCAGAAUCCACAGUUAGAAUCUGUGACGACACCACUGAGCUCUGUAGCACAGGCUUUGAGGAACAUUCCAGAAUAACUCAGGUUCCUUCUUCAUGCAUACUUAGUGACCAAUACGUGGCUCUCGUUAGCAAGGUUUUUAUACUGAAGUUGAUUAUUGCUGCCCUUCGGUGAUUCCCUCUUCAAAGUCAUGUCGGUACUUUCCCUCCUGGUCCUAUUUUUUUUUUUUUUUUGCACAUUUUCUAUGUGGUCCUGAUUAAUUUUAUUUCUCUUACUCUCUUAGCUGGUGCUAUUUUUUUCACAUUCUGGCAUCUGGCUAUCAAGUUAGAUUGCUGUAGGCAUCAGAUUGUCAUGGUAACUACUGAACCUAGACAUACAGAUGGAUGGAACAUCAGUAUAAUAAAUGAUGGAAAAGACUUCCUAAAACUUCAUCUUUUCCAUAAGAGGGGACAGAUCAGUGCCUGGUAUUGCUAAUACCUGCCUUCCUACCUCAGGCCUUUGCAAAUUGAUGCUUGGAGGGUCACUGGGGCCCUGAGGGAGGAGGGAGAUAUUUUGGAAAUUUCCAUUUCUCCUUUCAAACCCAAAAUAGGAAUGAUUCUUGCUAUUUGUCAGAUUUGCUGAAAAUUGCUCCUCACAAAGAACAUUUUUGUAUGUGUAAUUGUACAUAAAGGUUUUUCUACUUUAAUGUACUAUGGUUCUGAUGUUGGUAGUGAUUAAAUCCAGAUAAUUUUAUAGCAAA